CAAAAUCUCACUUACUCAGAUCUCUUUCUUACAGUGAUUUGGUUCUCUGCCAAACUUUGGGUAAUAAAUAGAAUCUGCAAGCUCUCUGAACACAGAACUGCAGCUUUUCAGAGGAGAAAUCAAAGCAAGAUUACACGAAGCUUCAACAACAAAGGCUAAAAUGAAGUAUUCAACCACGAAAAUCCCCCCAGCAAAGAUGAACAGUUCAGCAGACAAGGCUUUGGUAAAACCUCCUAAACUGAGAAAAUCCCAACAGAAGCCUGAAAAAGUUUGCCAGAUGUACUUUAUGCAACUGCGUUCUGGCCUUAUCAUAGAAAAGACAUCCUGUUACUUUAGGAAAGAAAUCACCAAAAGGUAUUCACCAAGAACAGCUGAAAAGUGCAGAAAGCAAUGUCUGGUAUUCACUGCCUGUCAUCAGCAGCUGAACAAAGAUUUCACCUCUGAUGUCCCUAUGUUACAGAAAUGUUUUGGAAGAGCUAAUGUUCCAAGUAUCCAAGAAUAUUCUGCUUCUCUGAGCACAUACAAUGAUCAAUCUAUUACUUUCGCUUUUGAGGAUGGAAGUUAUGAGAUCUAUGUAGAAGACUUGAGAAAAGGCCAAGAGAAAGAUAAGGUGUUAUUCCGUUAUUAUGAUUCCCAAUCCCCCUCACAUGAAACAGGUGAUGAUGUUGAUGGCCAGACGUUAUUGGUAAACCUGAGUCCUACAAAAGAUAAAGAUUUUUUGCUGCAUGCCAACAACGAGGAACAUUCUGUGGAGCUACAAAAAUGUGAAAACCAAUUGCCAGACCAGGCCUUCUUCCUCCUUCAUAGGAAGUCUUCCAAAUGUGUUUCAUUCGAAUGUAAGAACAAUCCUGGAGUGUUUAUAGGAGUAAAGGAUAACCACCUUGCUUUAAUUAAAGUAGGAGACCAAACUAAGGAUUCAUAUAUAGAGAAAACCAUAUUUAAGCUCUCUUAAAUUUAAUGGGAUGAAAAAAGUUGUCAAUCCUAGGUUGGGUAGCCCAGAUAGCUACUACUGGAGAAAGAAUAAGAGAUAAAGAGAUAGACAACAUUUAAGGGAAAUAAAGAGUACUUAGUAUGCUAUGGAAUGUUUUUCUUACUAUGUGUAAAAUACAUUUUUAUAAUCCUUCAGUUUUGUUUUUUAUUACCCUUGUCUCACUACAUAUUCAAUAGUGUAUUAUUAAGGAGACCUCAGAAAAUAUACAACCUGACUUACUUUUUUCUACUUGCUGUCAAGAAAGAGCUUAAUAUCUAAUUAAGCUCUGCUGAGACCUCUGGGGACAAGGAAGGGCCUUAAUCCAAGUUUCAUUUUAGACAAGGAUUUCAAAAAGCCACAUAGAGACAUAAUUUUCCCUGGUUCCAAACAAGUUCAAACAGUAGAGCUGUUGGUGAAAAGACAAUCAGCUCUACUUAGACUGAACAUUUCACAAAUGGAAUAAAACACCAAAUUUGUUUGAAGAUGCCCAAAAUUUCAGAUACUUACACAGGUAGGCAGAUAAUAUAAAUAUGUGAAAUGACAGAGACAAUUGAAAAAAUUAAGAAAAAUAAAUCCUGUAUUUGUAAAGUAAAUAAAUUUACUUCUAAUUGUUUCAUUUUUAAAAUGCUGAUUUUUAUAGAUGGAGUUAAAUUUAGCAAGACAUUCUUACAUUAGGAAGUAAAAUAAAUUUUAUCUCAGACAAAUAAUUGAAAUCAUUGCGAAUAUCUCACAAACUAAAACAUUAUUUUAAAGCACUGAGACACAACAUACCUUAAGACAUCCAAGUACCAUGGGAUCCAAGUACCAUGGUGAGGCCACAAGUUCCCUUAUCUACUAGAACCUAGAUUGGACACAGCAUUAACAUUACAAUUUUAAUAACUGGCUAUCCCUUAUGUUCGUUGUAUACUGUCUUUCUGACACUAUGCUCCAGGGAUCUGUAACUUGAUAUACAUGUCACCCUAAACAAAAUUUCUUAUAAUCCUUUCUUACCAUGUGUACAAGUGUUUUUCUUGUCCACCUUCCUGAUUAGUCUGCUUACUAUGGAAUAUUUAUUGACUUUUCUUCCUUCAUUUCUUUUGACCAACUCUGUUCUUGAUAUACAUUUUGUGCCCCAUGAGCUCCAUUCCAUAUCACCUGACCUCUGGACACCAACAUAUUUUUCUAUUUUGUCUCUCUGAUGUAGAAUUUCACAUAAGCCUAUUGAUGGGAAUAUUUUUUAUUAAACAUCUUUGUAUUUUACAUUACUAAGGUAGUAAAAUUUAUUCUCAACCAUAUAUGAUUUUUCAACUACUAAAGGAAUAAUUUUUGCUUAUUUUAAGUCUUAAAUUCUACUAUAACUUUUUCAUAGGCUUAACAUUGACAAUAAGUGAUAAACUAGUAACAGAAUACUUAUGAAAUACAACUGUUUCUGAAAGUGUUGGCUUUUUAAUUUCUAAUUUGUUGAGAUCUAUUGGAUAUAAUGAUGGUGGAACAUAAGAUUAAAAAGGCUGAGAAUUACUGAGUGAGGGUAAACAAUUGUAAACAACAAUAUAGCUUUCAUUACAUUGUCAGUUUUAUUAUGAAGACAAAAAUAAAAGCAGAAUAUAUAUCAUCUUCUCUGAAAAACACUAAAUGUAAAAAAAAAACAAAAAAAAAAGAAAAACACUAAAUGUUGACCAUAUACAUCUGUAUGAUAUACUCGAAAUGAUUUGUUUUAAGUAACUAAAUAUAUUAAUUACAUUAAAUUCUCAAGUUGUAUUUUUUAAAAGUAUGUGAGGCCAUGAUGAUUUUAUCAUAAAAUAACUAUUCUGAAAUUUUUAAGUCAAAGCAAUCUUACCUUAAUCCACUGAUGUUGGUAUCUGGGGUAGGUCAUUUGUCUGGUAAUUCAAAACUAAAUAAGAUAUUCCAAAGAAGAGAUUGUGUCUUUUUCACCUUUGUACUCCCAGUGCCCAUCAUAAGUGGCCAGCACAAAGGAGCUAUUCAGCCACUUGUACCUGAGAUCAGUCAAUAUACACCUGCAAAAGGAACUUUAACCUGACUUCUGACUCAGUUAGGUAUCUUUCAACCUGAGUAUUUGAUUUCUCAUGUUCAAUUUUCCUUUUUAAAAAAAAUACUUUCCACCAUCACUAUGGAGAGUAUUAUUUGAUUAAAAUAUUCAGAUGUGUGGUGGAUUUUUGUGACUUACUUUCAUGUGUUUUGAUGGCCCAUAACACACACAUUCCUGGAAGGAAUUUGUUCAUUUCAUUGUAUCAGAAAUAACAAUAAUGUCAAAACUUACUUUUCCCUCAUUUUUAUAUAUAUUUCUUAGAUUUUUAUGCCUUUAUUGGAUACCUUGAAAUACUACCAAGAAAAUUUUAUUUGAAUGAAUAAUAUGGCUUGGAAUUGGAAAAGAAAAGUAAGAUUUGAAAUUCAGGGAAUUUUGAAAAAAAGUUGCUAUUUAGAAUGCAAAAGCUUGAUUAAAGCUAAAAAUAAUUGACUUAUAACCCCCACAUCUGCAAAACAAAACAAGUCAAAAAACAAAAACAAUUUCAACCCUUGUGCCUCAUGCCAAGAAAUUGUAUGAUAGAUAAAGGAAUCUUAAGCUAGGGUACUCAAGUGGGGAUUGGGCCAGGCUUGUCCCAAAAUUCCUUCCCCCCAUCAUACAAUCACCUGUAUAGCUCAGAAAUCUUGUCCUCUAGCAGUUGCUCCUUAAACACAUGUCAUGUAUUUUGGACUUUGCUAAGUACUACGAAAGCACCAGAAAAACAAAACAAAACAAAAACUAAACUAUGCUCCUUGUCUACAUGGGACUUAAAACCUGUACCAUUUGUGUACUAAAACUCCAACUCUGCAGUACACAGUUGCCAAAGGUCAGAGACACCAAUGUGAGUUUCUCAUUUGAGAAUGACAUAGGACUGAAUAGUCAAUCCCCAUAUCCUAGUACCCACCUUGGUCUGUUCAUAUAUCCAUUCCCAAGCUCAUGUUAAAUAGGUUCCCUCUGCAGGUCCCAGGCAAAAGGGGAUCAAUUCACUUACUACAAAUUCCUUAAUAGUCAUGGUUGGGGUUAGAGGGUUUAGGAAUCUGAGAAACAGAUGCAAGAGAUAAAAGUUAAAGCCAAUUGGUAGAGUUAGAAUCAAUGAGGUGCUUCCUGUUGAGAUGCCAAGAUGAUGAAAUAUUUGUCCAUGUCCAGUUACAGUCCCUAGCCCAUAAGUUACUCCCAUAAAGAGAAUACAUGAAUCACUACCCAGCAUAUUAAAAAUAUAGGUUUGUCUCUUGCACUGUUGGUGAGAAUGCAAAGUGGUGCAGCCACUCUGGAUAACAGUGUGGAGGUUCCUCAAAAAGUUGAAAAUAGAAUUAAAUCCAACAAUUGCCCUACUAGGUAUUUACCCAAAGGAUACAAAAAUACAGAUUUGAAGGGGUACAUGCAACUUGAUGUUUAUAGCAGCAUUAUCAACAAUAGCCAAGCUAUAGAGAGACCCUAAUGUUCACUGACUGCUGAAUGGAUAAAGAAGAGGUGUUAAAUAUAUAUAUAUAGGAAUAUUACUCAGCUAUCAAAAAAAAAGAAAUCUUACAUUUGCAAUGAUGUGGGUGGAUCUAGUGUGUAUUAUGUUAACUGAAAUAAAUCAGUCUAAGAAAGACAAGUAUCAUAUGAUCUCACUCAUAUGUGGAAUUUAAUGAAGAGAACACAUGAACAUAUGGGAAUGGGGGAAAGAAAAAAAGGAAGAGGGAAACAAACCAUAUGUUAUUCUUAAUGAUAGAGAACAAACUGAGGGUUGAUGAAGGCAGGUGUGUGGGGGAUGGGCUAGAUGGGUGAUGGGUAUUAAAGAGGGCACUGGGUGUUGUAUGUAAAUGAUGAAUCAUUGAAUUUUACCCCGAAACCAAUACUGCACUGUAUGUUAACUAAAAUUUAAUAAAAAUUUAA